AUGGUAAGACGUGAAUUACCAUCAGGGCCGUGGAUCGAUAUAGCCCUUGAUUUCUUGGGGCCACUCCCUUCAGGGGAAUACCUUCUAGUUGUUGUGGACUACUUUAGUCGCUAUAAGGAGGUAGAAAUUAUGAGCAAAAUAACUGCUAAAGAAACAGUGAAUCGUUUGGAUAAGAUAUUCACACGGCUGGGCUAUCCGCGAACGCUUACUGUCGACAAUGGUAGACAAUUUGUCAGUGAGGAGUUUGAUUAUUUCUGCAAGGAACGUCGAAUAACUCUCAAUAAAACGACUCCUUAUUGGCCACAGCAAAACGGGGAAGUUGAGCGCCAGAAUAGGUCGCUAUUGAAAAGACUGAGAAUCAGCAACGGACUCAACCGAGACUGGAAGAAGGAUUUGUUAGAGUAUAUGGUCAUGUACUAUACAACACCUCACUCCACAACGGGAAGGACACCGACUGAACUUUGCCUUGGACGGACAAUCAGAGGCAAAAUUCCAUCUUUGCAAGACAUUGAGACACAACCACCACUAACAACUGAGUACCGUGACAGAGACAAAAUGUUGAAAGAAAAAGGGAAAGACAAGGAAGACAAGAAAAGGGGCGCCAAAGAAUCAGACAUCAUUAUUGGAGACGUGGUUUUAAUGAAGAAUGUACUGCCAGGAAAUAAGCUUACCACCACAUUUGGACGUAACCGAUUUAUUGUUACUGGGAAAGCAGGAGCGAGUGUUACGGUGAAGGACAUAAAAUCCGGAAAGAUCUACUGUCGAAAUUCUGCGCAUUUGAAGAAAGUGUAUGAACCUGAGGAUGCUCAAAGUGGGAAGGAAGCUGAUGAAGGACAAGAGGACAUGCGAGAUCAGUAG